AUGAACAAGAUCAAACAAAUAAACCGAAUAAAUCAAAAAGAGCUUGCUUCAGGCACAACAUCGUACAAAUCAUCCUGGCACUAUGAGUAUCGAGACACAAACUACGUCUUCAUUAGCAACAUCCCCGCCACAAUCAAACCCCAGGACUUGGUAGUCAUAUUCAGUCAAUAUGGUAUACCGACCCAUUUAAACUUGGUCAAGAACCGAGAAGAUACUAGUCAACAUCGCGGAUUUGCGUUUUUGAAAUAUGCCCAUUUCAAAAGCUGUAUUUUGGCAAUUGAUAAUUUCAAUGGUAUCAAGAUUGGGGAUAAAAUGUUGCAUGUUGAUCACACUUAUUAUCAAUUGAGACACGGUGAAAAGGAAGAUGACCACUUGAUAGAUUAUGACGAAGUGAGGAAAACUUUGCAAGUUGAAGAUGGCGUGGAAAAGGAACCAAGAGGGGAGAAAGAGGUGCGAUUGAUUGAUGAAGGUGAUGUUUCGGAGCUUAAGGCUAUUGAGUAUAAGAUGAGUACAGAGGAGAAAAGUGUGGGAAACAAGGACAUUAAUAAUGAGGAAGAUGAUGAGUCUGUUGAUCCUAUGGCAGCGAUCGAAGAGAGCACAGCUGCAAAUCCCAAAGCUGGAGACGAUGACAACGAAUUUGUUGAUCCUAUGGAACACUUCAUAUCAGAGACAUCAAAGAAACCGAAGGAAAAGAGACGCCACAAGUCGCAUAGAAGUAGUAUGCAUAAAUCGCAUCGAUCACAUAGGUCGGGCGAUAAGUCUUCAUCGCAGAAAAGAGAUCGAGAUCGAAGUCCCACACGUGCUGCUUAA